AUGUCUACGUGGGGAGAGCAUUUCCGUGUCACUACUUAUGGCGAGUCUCACUGCCGCUCUGUCGGCUGUAUCGUCGAUGGAUGCCCUCCGGGCAUGCAGCUCACCGAGGGUGACAUUCAGCCUCAAAUGACCCGUCGCCGUCCCGGCCAGAGUGCCCUGACUACCCCGCGGGAUGAGAAGGACAAGGUCGAGAUCCAGUCCGGCACAGAGUUCGGUGUUACUCUCGGUACACCAAUUGGCAUGAUGGUUCGCAACGAGGACCAGCGUCCCAAGGAUUACGGUGGCAGCACAAUGGACCUGUUCCCCCGCCCCAGUCACGCCGAUUUCACCUACCUUGAGAAGUACGGUGUCAAGGCCAGCAGCGGUGGUGGUCGCAGCAGUGCCCGUGAGACCAUUGGCCGUGUCGCUGCCGGUGCUAUCGCCGAGAAGUACCUCCGCCUGUCGCACGGCGUCGAAAUCGUCGCCUUCGUCUCCUCCGUUGGCAACGAGCACCUCUUCCCCCCUACCCCCGAGCACCCCUCUCCCUCCACCAACCCCGAGUUCCUUAAGAUGAUCGAGACAAUCGACCGCAACACCGUGGACUCCUUCGUCCCCACUCGUUGCCCCGACACCGAUGCCGCAGCCCGCAUGACCAAGGUCAUCGAGCAGUUCCGCGAUAACCACGACAGCAUCGGCGGAACCGUCACAUGUGUGAUUCGCAACGUGCCCGUUGGUCUGGGUGAGCCCUGCUUCGACAAGCUCGAAGCUAAGCUCGGCCACGCCAUGCUCAGCAUCCCCGCCACCAAGGGCUUCGAAAUCGGCUCUGGUUUCGGUGGCUGCGAGGUCCCUGGCUCCGUCCACAACGACCCCUUCGUCUCCGACGGCUCCCGUCUUACCACCAAGACCAACAACUCUGGCGGUAUCCAGGGUGGUAUCUCUAACGGUGCUUCUAUCUACUUCCGCGUGGCUUUCAAGCCCGCUGCUACUAUCGGUCAGGCUCAGAACACCGCUGCCUACGAUCUCUCGGAGGGCACCCUCGAGGCCAAGGGUCGUCACGAUCCUUGCGUUACCCCUCGUGCUGUGCCUAUUGUUGAGGCUAUGUCUUCCCUUGUUAUCAUUGAUGCCCUCAUGGCUCAGUACGCCCGUGAGAGCGCGAAGAACUUGCUUCCCGCGCUCCCUCAGACUAUUCCCACUAAGCCUGCCACCAACGGUGCUUCCGCUUAA